GACCAUGUGAUAAUGUGAUUUGUGAAGUCAACUACAUGGGGAUGCUUGCGGUGGAAGGUACCUACGAUAAGAUGGAGGCUCUUCUCAACCAAAAUAUUCACCCUGUCGACAUUCUUUUAAUGCUAGCAGCCUCAGAAGGAGACAAGCCUAAAAUUGAAGAGCUUCUUAGAGCCGGCGCUGACUACACACUUAAGGACGCUGUCGGCAAAACCGCGCUUGACCGAGCUAACAGCUAGCAGAUACGUGACUUGAUCCUUGGAUCCGUCACUCAAAAGGCUUGACAAAUAGGUCAUUUCGCAAGCAGAGUUAGCUUUUCCUUACAAAGAAAAUGAUGUCUGUUUU